ACCGAAAUAAAACAAAUAAAACUCAGCCCUUGGUGGGAGGGCAGCAGUCUGUGCAAAUGGGAAUGAUGGGAGCUGGACCUCAACAAAGUCCACUUCGGCCCCCACCUUCACCCAUCCAUACUCCUCAGAGUCCAAUGAUGUCACCGUCACCCUCGCUGCAGCAGCAGCAGCAACAACAACAACCUCAAAACUCACCAUUGGUACAGCAGCAGCAGCUGUCGCCUAUGGUUCAGCAGCAGCAGCUUUCACCUAUGAUACAGCAGCAGCCAUCACCAUCUCCUCAGGCCCUUCAGAGCCCUAGCCCUAUGAUAGGCGCUCAGAGCCCUGGUCCUAACUCAAUGGGGAAUAUGAUGCAACAGUCACCAGGCAAUCCUGCUGGCAUGUCUCCUCAUAGUCUGCAACCUUCUCCUCGCAUUGGCACGCCUCACUCUCAGGCUGAUGACAGUCCAUUCAGUCCAGGCGGCGGACAUCCUGCCCCCUCUCCAAGUCAGCAGGUUUGUCCACCACCCCCGUCGCCUAUUGGUCACCGGCUAGCCUCUCCACAACAUCGGCCUCAGGUUCCUAUGCCCAGGCAGAUGGCCGUGUACGCAACAAAUCCUCAACAGUUCCAGUCUGAUCAGCCCGUGAGGUUGCCUCAACGAUUUGUAAGAGCACCGGGCCCUCAAAAUCAAAACCCACAGGGCGUUCAAAGAAUCCAGGUCAAUCAAGGACAGAUAGUCCAGCAACAAGUGAUGCAACCCGGUGGUCAACCCAUGCAGCAGGGGCAAGUACUUCAGCAGCCCCAAGGACCUCAGUUAGUGCAACAAAACCAAAUGGUUCAAAGUCAGAUGAUGCCACAAGGCCAAAUGGUCCAGCAAAGCCAAAUUUCCCAACAAAAUCAAAUGGUUCAGCAAGGGCAGAUGGUGCAACAAGGACAAAUUGUUCAAGGACAAAUGAUACAGCAGGGCCAAGUGGUCCAUCAGAAUCAGAUGGUGCAACAAAAUCAGAUGGUGCAACAGAAUCAAAUGGUGCAACAAAAUCAACUGGUACAACAGAAUCAGCUGGCACAACAGAAUCAGCUGGCACAACAAAAUCAAAUGGCGCAACAAAACCAAUUGGUGCAACAAAACCAAGUUGUACAACAAAAUCAAAUGGUGCAACAAAAUCAAAUGAUUCAACAAAAUCCAAUGGUUCAACAAAAUCAAAUGGUUCAACAAAAUCAAAUGGUCCAGCAAAACCAAAUGGUUCAGCAAAACCAAAUGGUCCCUCAAAAUCAAAUAGGCCAGCAAAAUCAAAUGGUCCAGCAAAACCAAAUGCUCCAGCAAAACCAAAUGGCCCAACAGGGACAAAUUGUACAACAGACUCCAAUAACUCAGCCGAAUUCUAUUGGCCAACAAGGUCAAGUACUUCAACAAGGACAAGUAAUUCAAGGACAGAUGGUUCAGGGACAGGUAGUGCAGCAGGGCCAGGUGGUGCAACAGCAGCAAGGCCAGGUCAUGCAGCAGAGGACACCUGAACAAAUUCAAAGGUUACGUCAGCAACAGGCCUUGCAGCAGCAACAACUUAGUCAGGUCCAGUUGCAUCCCCAGCAAAUGGUUCGGCAAGUUGUUCAGGGUCCUAAUGGACCCAUCUUCCAAAUUCAACAGUUUGGUUCACUAUCAAUUCAACAACAGAAUAUGAUGAGACAGCAGCUAGCAGCAAGACAACAGCAGCAAUUAAAGCUUCAGCAGCAACAGCAACAACAGCAACAGCAAGGGCAACCUGGACAGCCCGGUCAACCUGUGCAGCCUGGACAACAAGUCAGGCUUAUGUCACCACAACAGCAGCAGCCGCUAAAUCCUCAGCAGCAGCAGCAGCAACAACAACUUCUGCAGCAGCAGCGACAAAUAUUGCAGCAAAGACAACUACAGCUUCAGCUUCAGCAGCAACAACAGCAGCAACAACAACAGCAGCAGCAACAGCAACAACAGCAACAACAAGGUGUUCAGCAACAACCAGUAGUCCAACAACAGUCCGAUCAGAGUCAACUCGAAAGUCAACCUCAGACUCAACAGCAAUUACUCCAAAGACAACAACAAAUGCAACAACAGCAACAGAUGCAACAACAACAUCUGCAGUAUGCUCAGCAACGUCAGAUGUUAAUACAGCAGCAACAGAGGCAACAGAUGCAACAGCAGGGUGGCCAGCCUGACAACUCUCCGCUACAGCAGCCUGACAGGAGCCCCUCUGUCCCUGCGGCCUCGCCUGCCAUGGCUCCAAGCGCCAGUCCUCACCACCUACCCCCUAGCUCGCCUAUGUCGCAGCCCAUGCCUGGCCAGUUCGGGGCGCCACAGCCGCCGUCUCCUCAUGUGCAGUCUGCCUCGCAGAGCCCCAGGCCGCCUCCCAGCCCUCAUGUCACCAUGGGCCACCCGCCGUCCCCCAUGAUCCCAAUGCCGCCGAGGAGCCCCAUGGUGUCGAACCAAACGCAGAACCCUCUGGGGUCUCCUAUGGGCUCGCCCAUGGCGGUGCGCAGGCCCUCCAGCACGGGCGGCAGCAUGGCUAGCAGCCCCGCGGUGCCCGAUCGGCCUCUGAGUGUCGAGAACCCUCGCACCCCUCUUGGGCUCCAGGAGCAGGGCGGCCCCGGGCCCGCGGACCCGUCCCAAGCCCCGAUGCAGGCGCCCUUGCAGGGCCAGGGUGGCGGGGGUGGCGGUAACAACCCCAUGGCGCCCAUCCCUCUGCCUCCGGGACUGUUCGACGCUUUCGGCAACGUGAGGCUCGGACUGCGCGGAGGAUCACCGAUGUUCUCCAUGAGACAACAGCAACAGAGCAAGCCAGACCCAGAGAAGAAGCAACCUGUGCUCGUUGGAUGUAGCAGCACCGGGACCAACCCUCGCCAUGCGUCGUUAGUGGCUUCUGAUUAUAAUUAUUCAGAUGAUGAUACCUUAGCCUCUCCUGCGAGAUCCCCUGAUGCUGAAUCCAAGAGAGCCGGUAGUUCUGAGGACAAAUUGGGAGACAGCUCAAAGAAUGAUACAAGUUUACUCUGCUCAACUACUGAGACCAGCAGUCUACUUCCAUGUGUCACUCCCAAGCUGGACCCCCUCUCGGCUAUCCCUAAAAUUGAUGCUGACUUGCCAGAAAUUUUACUUGAAGAUGAUGCUGCAGAGUCUCCUCCACCACCACCUACCGAAAGCAUAGACCUAGUGGCAGAAGUUGCAAAAGCUGCUUCUGCAAAUAGACUCGCAGAGGAUGAGGACAGUACAGAUAUGACUGUUAUGAUGACUGAUAAUUUGACUGAAGAAGAAGUUGGAAUGAUAAUUGGCAUUCCCAAUCCUGUAGAAGUAGGGGAAAAGUCAUCUCCGAAACCUUCAUCUAACACCGCGGAUGAUGACUUAAUGAAGGAAACUGUUGAGCCAAAGAAAACCCUUGGAGAGAGUGGAAGCAAAGUUACUGACCAAGAAGCACACUCCACUGGUUACUCUCCUUCACAGGCAGCCGCUUCAGUUAGUAGCGAAGUGGAACCACCAUCGGGUGCAAAUGAUUCUUUGCAAAUUUCAAUAGAAGCUAUUGCUGAUGCCUCUGUAGGCAAAUCUGUGACUCCCAGCAAAAGUCAACCUGUAGCAGAUGUUGUUUCUGCAUCUCGUGUUGGAGUGACUACUCAAAGAGUUCAUCUUCAGCACGCACCUGCCUUAGUGCCUGUCAUUACAAAUGCGCCAAGAGUUCUCACUCCUGUCUCUUCUGGACACAGUGGGGCUCGACCAGGAGCGCCACGAGUAGCUGGUCCAAGAUUGAUGACAGCAGUGGUGGGUACAGCUGGUGGAGAUGUGUACAAGCUAACUCAAGCACAACUAUCAAACUCUGUGGUGAUAACAUCCCCUCGCAAAGUGAAUCCUGAGGACAUUCAAGGCUCGCCCAUCAAGACUGCCCAAGAUAUCCAGAGCCCUUCUAAACAAAAGUCUCCUGCACAUCUCUCAAAGCAAACACCUGUUUUAAUUUUACGCCCUAAUCCGGGUGUUAUUCCUCAGCAGACACCAAUUCAAGUGUUGCAGAAAGCUCCUGUGCACUUUCUUCAGCAGCAAGUGCCUGGUGGCCGUAUUCCAAAGCAAAUACUUGUUCAGAUUCCCAAAUCACAGCAUGCAACUCAAAUGCAGAUAGGGUCCAAACAACUUCCUGUUUUAGUAGCUCAAGCGCAGCCUCCUGCUGUUCCCAGCUCCACUGCAGCAUCGUCAGCAGUCUCAGCAGCAGCAUCAGCAGCUGCUGCUGCUCAGCCAUCCAGUUCUUCAGCAGAAACUGGAAAAAAUUCAUCACCCGGUACAGUUCAGAUGACCGAGCAGGAGUCUAUCAAUCUCCUGGAAAAGACAACUGUACAAAUUCUUCAACCCACUGCUGCUAGUAAGAAGUAUGAAGCCCUGCUUGAAGCUAUGGAGCGAAUUCAUGAGGGUACUGAUAGUUCCAGCCUUCCAGAUAGUUUGGAACUCCAAAGCCCCAUAGAUUCUGAAAUAGAGCAAGAUCACUCAUCAUUGCCUCUGCAGUCUACCCAGCUUAAUCAAACAUCACAGCAAUCACAGCAGAGAUCCAUGCCUACUCAGUCCACUCAGGUUACACAGCCUGGGCAUUCUACUCAACAAGCUCAUUCAAAGCAAUCAACCGCAACUAAACAGCAAGUACAGUCAGCUCAACGUACUUCAUCUGAAGCCAAACAACAGUCAGAAUCAGCCAAACAAUCAACCAGUUCUGACUCAAAGAUAAAAAGUCAAGGUGAGCAGGUGUUUGAGGGUUUAGGGAAAACUCUACUACAAGUCUCACUGUCUCAAUCUGACCAGAAGUCUCGUGUGAUUAUGCAUCCACCCACAACUACCCAGUCACCAUCAUCAUUUGUAAGUGGAUCUCCUAAACUGGCUUCAUUGUUGGGGGCACCAACAGAAUCUGUCAAAACAUCAGUUAAAAGGGAGCUGUUACCAGAUUUGAGUGAGAAAACUGAGGGCGAGGAUAAACUUAUCUCAGAGAACAAAAGUCAGAAUCCUUCAAGUGAACGCGAUCAAUUGCUAUCAAUUCUUCAAGACCCGCCUGCCAGUGAAUUACCUGUUCGUACAGUUUCACCCUCCCCAGCUCGUGUAAAUGAGGCAAAGCCAAGUCUUGAAUCAGAUCUUACAUCAUUAGAUGAAAAGUCCAUUGAUGACAAACCUGCAACUGUAAGUGGAAGAAGAUCAUCACAAGACAUAACUAUAACAUCAGCAGCUGAUUCUGAUUCGACUCUAACUGCUAUGACACUUCCUCCUAAUAUCAGACAAAUUACAAGCACCAUUUACUCUCAGAGUUCUGCUGAAAGGAGAUCACCAAAUCGUCCACAAAGUCAACCUAGCCCUGCUGUGUCCAGCCUUCAAACAACUCAACUGUCUCGAACAAAUGUGCUAGCGCUGAGUGCUUCAGCUCCUGGUAGCCCUGUUCCAGAACAGCCUGAUUCUUCCAAACAACCGACUGCUAAACCUACUGCAUGGAAUGGUGACAAAAAAACUGAUAUUGAUUUGAAAUCAUCAGAUCAAGUUGGUGCUGUUCAAAGUAGUCCAAGCAAAAAAUCAUCAAGAUCUCUCAGUACAUCAGCGCUUCCCUCUAGUGAAGACGCGUCCUCAUCUACAACUCCAUUGAAAUCAUUACCUGGUCCUAAACUUGAGAGUAAACCCAGUUUGCUGCAGGCUCAACUUAUGGCGGGAUCAGCAAAACUGAAAGAGGCAGUGCCAAUUGGACCACCACCACCUUACCCAGGAACUGUCAAGGAAGAUGUCUCUAAAAACCAAACUAUUCCUGUAUCGGAACCUUCAAUGCAACCCACAAAUAUCAAGAAUGAGCCAAUGGAUUUGGAUGAAGAUGUGUCACAGUCUUCCUCUGCAAUUAAUGUUGCUUCACUUUUGCAACCUAAAGAAGAAAAGGAUGAAACAUUAAAGCUUCUUUGUCAGCCUACAUCAGAAUCACAGAAUGUGUUAUUAAAGCAAUUGCUUCAGAACACUGCAUGUGCCUCUCCCUCUCAAACAUCAAAAGAGGUUGGAAGUCUUUCAUCUAGCUUACCGGAAGUACCAUCCCUCGAGGCUCAGCUGGCUAGGCCUGUUCCUCCCACUCCAUCAGCUCUCAUUCCACCUCUACUGACCAAUGAUGCUCCACCAAGGCCUAGCCCAGUUACUGUGAGGUCGAUCACACCUUCGAAGUCUUCGAUCCCUGCUCAGAGCAUAGCAGGUGUGGGCACUGCUGGUCCUCCACCAACAACCAGUGGAUCUGGAUCUGCCAGCACUGCUCUGAUUUCUACACCAUCAAGCACAGUGAUGACAUCUUCCCCACUUAGCCAGGUCAUGUCAGUAGUUUCUGUUCCUGGUGGACCAGUUAAUCCUGCGUCAGUUCCAGGAGGAAGCUUAGGAAGCAGUGAUGGAACCUCAUCAGCUGGAACUUCUUUACAACCAAAUGUGUCAUCAACAGCCAUCAGGCAACCAACACCACCAACCACUGUGGCCACAUCUAAAACAAAUGUCAGUAGCUCUUCCACUGUGCAGAGUGUUUCCAGCACUACCACUGCAGCUGAAGGAGAAACUCGCUCAUUGCCUCGUGCUGUGACUCCACUUCAAAACCAAGACAUGGGUAUAACGCAGCAACCCAUUCCUGAAAUGAUAUCAACUAGUGUACCUGCAAGUGUCCACGCUAGUGUGCCUGCAAGUCUGGCCACAGUUGUUUCCUCAAGUGGGCCCACAACUGCGCUCACAACUGUGCCUACAUCUGGGCCUACGAGUGUUCCCACGAGUCAUCCCUCAAGUGUGUCUCCAAGUGCUUCUACAAAUGUGCCUACAAGCAUUCCCACAAGUAUCCCAUUAAGUGUACCAACAAGCACGCCUACAAUCCUGGGUGCUCAAACAAGUGUUCCCACAAGUGUGCCUACAAGUCUGACCUCAGUUGUUUCCUCAAGUGUGCCCACCAGCAUACCCUCAGGCAUACCCUCAGGCAUACCCUCAAGUGUGCCCUCAAGUGUGCCCUCAAGUGUGCCCUCAAGUGUGCCCUCAAGUGUGCCCUCAAGCGUGCCUUUAAGCGUGCCCUCAAGCAUGCCCUCAAGCGUGCCCUCAAGCGUGCCCUCAAGCGUGCCAUCAAGCGUGCCCUCAAGUGUUCCGACAAGUGCACCCACAAAUAUGCCUACAACCAUGCCACCAAAUAUGCCACCACUAGGUGUUCGAAUUCCUGGUCCUCCUGUAUCUCAUCCUUCAGGAAUGCAAACCCUGGUUCGCUUACCUCAAGGGCAGCCAGGGAUGGUUGGUAUUCAGGCUCAAAGCUCAAUGCCACCUGGUGUGAUGCAGCCACCUGGCCUACAUGUACCCGGGCUACAAAUUCAACAAGGAUUACCUGGCCAACCAAGAAUGCAAGUUCUUCCACCUGGUGUGUCAAAAGUGGGCCAGACAACAUCUUACAUGCAGCAGCAAGGUCCGCUGCAAGGGACUCCAGGUGCACCUCACAUGGGCCAUACACAGGUUUUGAGUAGACCAGUGCAUUUAAAUCAAGGUGCUGGCAUGCCAGGCAUGCUAGCUCAGAGUCAAAUGGGAGCCUCAAUCAUUAAGAGAGAGAUGACAGAUUUUGAAUCACCUUCUACUUCAACUUCUUCUGCUCCGAUGGACAUGGCCAGUCAAAAGGCAGCACAAGAACAAGCUGCAGAAAUGAAGAAAAUGAAGCGUCGGUUGUAUCAGCAAAAAAGAAGGCAAAACAAAGGAAAUGAAGCUGGGAGUUUCCCAGGAAGGAAGCGUGUGCGGCGG